UCUUUAACCUCACAUACACACAUUGUAUUUGGUGGUGUGUUUUUCUUCGUGAAAUCAUAUAGUUUUUAUAUAUAAAAAGAAAAAGAAAUGGAUGGUGUUGAUAAAUUCAAAGAGUUCAUACAUUUGCAUGGUAAUCAGUUGUUGCAAUCGGAUGUGCCGCAGCAUUUCUGGCAUACAUUGAGUCGUAAAUUGGAACAGCAACUUUUCGAUGCUGGAAAUGCAUUUCAACUUUUAAUGAUUGACUAUGAUGAAGGUGAAAAAGGCGCCGAAGAUCCAUUGUAUACCCUGGUAGUGACAAAGCCGGAAGGAAUAAAAGCAACCAAUUCGCAAGAAAUUUACAUUGUUGACCAUGCAUGGACAUAUCGUUUGCAAAAUGCUCGAAGUCAACUACAACAAAUACCGGCUCUGCUCGACCGCUUGGCCAACAUGAUGGGAGCAUCUCACUUGGAUAGAGAAGAUGCCGUCGAAUAUGUGAUGAAAGAAAUGUGGCGUUACAAUCAAAUGUAUGCAUUGAGAGCAACAAAUGGUGCCGAGGUAGCGAUUGAAGAUCGAAUGCCAAUUUGGUACAUAAUGGAUGAAAUCGGCACAGCCGUCAAUCACAGUGAUUCGCCAAACUUUCGCCUUGUCCCAUUUAUGCAUUUAACCGAAGGUAUUACGUACAGUUUGCUAUUUCCUGUCAAAGAUACAUCCAAAGGUGAACGUGUGACCAGAGACUUUGCCGAAGGCAACACCACCGAUUCGAUUCGGAAAGCUCUGCUUUUGCCAUGGUGUUAUACAAACUUCACCGACAUCGAUUUUGAACAAAUUGAACCCGAUUCAAAGUAUUUCCUCGAUGGACAUAUCGAAGAAACGCUACCAAUUGAAAGUGCAAAUAAUCCGACCGUCGAUUCGUCUCGCCCACUUCGAGUCUACACCACUUACUCAAUGGUUCAGCAGCAUUUGAACGACCCACUAUUUCAAGUCGUGGAUAAUGAACAAGAGGCCGAUAUUCUGUGGCUAACCACACAUUUUAAGACAUACAAAGAAUUUUCGGAGCACGCACCCAACAAAUUUAUCAAUCAAUUUCCAUUCGAAAAUGUUAUCACCAUCAAAGAUCUGUUGUCAAUUGUAUGCCGUCGAACUGCCAGCACGUACUGUGACAAGGAAACACUUCAGACCUUUCCAAAAUGGUUGCCCACAACAUUUAAUUUGAAAACCGAAUUACCACAGUUUGUCAGUUACUAUCAAACGCGGGACGAAAAAGAGCUUGACAACCAUUGGAUCAUUAAACCAUGGAAUUUGGCACGUGGUCUUGAUACUUACAUUAGCAAAGACGUUGAACAAAUCGUUCGUUUGCAACCGACUGGACCGAAAAUUGCACAAAAGUAUAUUGAAAAUGCUGUUCUAUUUGAUCGGGCUGACAUUGGUGCCAAAGUAAAAUUCGAUGUGCGCUACGUAUUUUUGGUGAAAAACACCGAACCGCUAGAAGCAUACAUUUACAAAAAAUUCUUCCUUCGAUUUGCAAAUAAACCAUUCAGCUUGGAUCAGUUUGACGAAUAUGAAAAACACUUUACUGUUAUGAAUUACGGCAGUAACUUGCAAUUGCUGCAUUUACCGUGUGCAGAUUUUUUGAAGUUGUGGAAU